GACUUCCGGAGACGCCAUAUUCUAUAAUCUAUAUUAUAUAUUGUCUCAUAACCCAAGCUUCACUAGUUUCUCUGUGUGUGUGUGUGUCCAUGGAAGCUCCACCGUGCUUGAAGAAGCAUGUGGUGGCCGUGCCUUUCCCCACCAGAGGCCACGUGAACCCCAUGAUGAACCUCUGCAAAUUUCUCGCUUCAAGAACUUCCGAUGUUAUCAUCACAUUCGUCGUCACUGAAGAGUGGCUCAGCUACAUCGAAUCUUACCCAAAGCCGCAUACUAUUCGCUACGCCACCAUCCCCAACGUCAUCCCCCUGGAGAGCCAGAUACUUGACGAUAUUUGUCGCUUCUCGCAAGCCAUCGUCACGAAGAUGAGGGAUGCGUUCGAGCAGCUACUAGAUCAGCUCAACCCGCCGGUGACUGCUAUCGUCGCUGAUGUUGAGCUGGUGUGGCCAACCUCCGUUGCACAUAAGAGGAAUAUACCCGUGGCUCUGUUGUGGACGAUGUCGGCGUCAUUCUUCUGCACGUAUCUUCAGCUGGAUUACAUGUUGGCCUCUGGCCGGCGCUUGGCGGCUGAUCUUUUGGACGAGGAAGCUGAUGAGCACAUAUCUUCGUCACAGCUCACUGAUGUUCGAAAACUACUUCAAGAAUUGGAUCCCACAGUUUUGAAGAUUGGCUUGGGUUGCAUUUCAGAAAUAGCCAAAACAGAUUAUCUCUUGCUCAACACUACUCAAGAGCUAGAAUCUGAGCAAAUAAAUUAUAUAAAAUCUAAAUUCUCAUUUCAUCUCUAUCCUGUAGGCCCUGCCAUACCGUUUCUGGAACUUGAACCUUCGAGUGAUUCUUCAACGACCGACUCUGACCAUAUAAUAAAGUGGCUGGAUUUUCAGCCGAAUAUGUCAGUCUUGUACAUAUCUGUGGGCAGCUUCCUCUCAAUGUCUCGUCCCCAGAUGGAAGAACUUGCUUCAGCCUUGAAAGGCAGUGGGAUUCGUUUUCUGUGGGCGUGUCGUUCAGAGGCCGAGUGGCUGAGAGAGAAAUGUGGGGAUAAGGGACUGGUGGUGCCAUGGUGUGACCAGUUGAAAGUGUUGUGCCAUGGUUCUAUAGUGGGGUUUUGGAGCCAUGGUGGAUGGAAUUCAACUGUGGAAGCUUGCUUUGCUGCCGUGCCAAUCUUGGGAUUUCCAAUAUUUCUGGAUCAGUUCUCGAAUUGCCGGCAUAUUGCAGAAGAGUGGAAGAAUGGAUGGAAGGUGGGUGGUGAGAGAUCAGAGAGCUUUGUAACAAAAGAAGAAAUAGUGCAAGUGCUUGAGAUGGUGAUGGAUCUUGAGAGCAAAGAAGGAAAAAAGAUAAGAGACAAGGCAAAAGAACUCAAGCCCUUGUUUCGGGGAGCGAUUGCCAAAGGUGGUUCCUUUAACAUGAACCUUGAUGCUUUUGUCCAAGACAUUUUAGAUGUUCAUGGCGAUUUGAGUCCUGUGGAAAAGCCUUAGACCUUUUUUGCAUAUAUACAAUGUGUAUGGUAAAUUGAUAACUGGUGUAAUAAAGCCGUAUUGGUAAUAAAAAUUUGUAUUUCUGGU